AUGAAGCUUUGUCGUGCAGUGACCGCUUUCGCGUUGGCGGCGCAAGCCGUGGCCCGGUCGAUUCAGGGAACCCAGAUGAUUAUGGAACGAGAGAGUAACGGUCUCCAAGACAUUGUCACCUGGGACGAGCACUCGCUUAUGGUCCACGGAGAGCGAGUCUUUGUGUUCAGCGGAGAAUUCCAUCCCUUCCGACUCCCAGUUCCAGAUCUCUGGCUUGAUGUCUUCCAGAAGGUGAAGGCGCUCGGCUUCAACGUCGUCUCGUUCUAUGUUCACUGGGCCUUGCUGGAAGGAGAACCAGGCGUGUAUACUGCUGAGGGAGUCUUUGCCUUCGAGCCCUUCUUCGAAGCCGCAAAGCAAGCCGGCAUCUAUCUCCUCGCGCGUCCAGGGCCCUACAUCAACGCUGAAGCGACCGGUGGUGGGUUCCCAGGCUGGCUGUCACGCAUCAAAGGUGUGCUCCGGACCCAGGACGCCGACUUCCUCGCGGCCACAGAUCUGUACAUGUCCAAGAUUGGAGCAGCGAUCGCAAAGGCACAGAUUACGAACGAUGGUCCAGUCAUUCUCGUCCAGCCGGAGAAUGAAUACUCGGGAGCCGUGGGAGAUAUUCCAGGAGGUUUCCCUGACCCCGUUUACUUCGCGUAUAUCAAGAAACAACUACGAGAUGCCGGGAUCGUGGUUCCAUUCAUCAACAAUGAUGCGUGGCCGGCCGGAUUCUUCGCACCUGACUACUCAAAGAAUGGAUCUCGGAUAGGAAAUGUUGAUAUCUACGGACAUGACGCAUACCCGCUCGGCUUCGACUGUGCUAAUCCAAGCACUUGGCCUGCUGGCAACCUCCCCAACUACCUCCACUCAUCACACGAGGAGCAGAGUCCAUCGACGCCCUACGCCAUCAUCGAGUUCCAAGGUGGAGCUUUUGAUCCCUGGGGAGGGCUCGGCUUCGAGCAAUGCUCUCGUCUUCUCAACAUGGAGUUCGAACGUGUGUUUUACAAGAACGACUUUGCUUCUGGAGUGGCUAUCCUCAACCUCUACAUGAUAUUCGGUGGCACGAACUGGGGCAACCUCGGGCAUGCCGGUGGCUAUACCUCGUACGAUUACGGCGCCAACAUUGCCGAGAAUCGCGAGAUCCACAGAGAAAAAUAUAGCGAGCUCAAACUAGAAGCCAAUUUCAUGAGAGUCUCUCCUGCAUACCUGACUUCAACGAUUGGGACUCCAGGCAAUGCAACCUAUACAAACGCAGCCAGUAUUUACACCACCCCUCUUUUCGACAGCGACUCUGGCACAAACUUCUAUAUCGUGCGGCACUCGGAUUACCAGACCCUAGCAUCAGAAACCUACAAGUUGACCGUCACGACAAGCAAAGGGGCUCUGUCCAUACCGCAACUUGGUGGCAGUUUGACACUGAGCGGGAGGGACUCGAAAUGGCAUGUCACCGACUACGAUCUCGGGGGUACUACGCUCCUGUACUCGUCAGCUGAGAUUUUCACUUGGAAGAAGUUCGACAAGAAGACUGUGCUGCUUGUGUAUGGCGGGCCGGGAGAGCAGCAUGAGCUCGCUGUUGUUUCAGAGAGCGUGGCGAAAAAGGUGGAGGGUUCCGAUGUGACGAUGAAGAGUCUCAACGGGACAACCAUCCUGAACUGGCAGACGUCGCCAACUCGACGUGUCGUUCAAGUUGGCUCCCUCUUCGUCUAUAUCCUCGAUAGAAACUCGGCGUACAACUACUGGGUUCCUGACUUUGCCCGGACAGAUAAAUGGGAAGCGUACCCUUCCAACAUCGGCAACACCACAUCCGUUAUCGUCGAAGCAGGAUACCUCGUCCGGAAAGUGUACAUUAACAACAAGGCUCUCCACAUCGACGGUGACCUCAACGCAACAGUCCCAAUCAAGGUAAUCGGCGCCCCAGCAAACCUCAAAUCUCUCCACUUCAACAGCGCCAAGCUCUCAUACACCGUCGAUCCCAUCACUGGCGACUGGUCCUCAAACCUCGCCUACAUAGCACCCAAGAUCAGCCUCGUCGACCUCUCGUCGCUGUCCUGGAAAUACUUCGACAACCUCCCAGAGAUCAAGCCCACCUACGACGACUCAGCAUGGACGAAAGCCGACCACACCGCGUCCAACAACCCUUUCGCUCUACUAACGCCCACCUCGCUAUUUGCAAGCGACUACGGCUACCAUUCUGGCGUGCUGAUCUACCGCGGCUCCUUCAUCGCCAACGGGCAAGAAAAGGACUUCUACCUCCGCACCCAGGGCGGAAGUGCCUUCGGGUCUUCCGUAUGGCUCAACUCGACAUACAUCGGGUCCUGGGUCGGUAACGACAAAAGCCUCGAGAACAACAGCACAUACACGCUUCCCAACCUCACUGCAGGAAAGACCUACGUCUUCACCAUUCUCGUGGACAACAACGGGCUACAGGAGAACUGGAUCGUAGGCGAAGAGCAAAUGAAGUGGCCGCGUGGGAUCCUCGCCUACACGCUCUCCGGCCACGACGACCAAUCCUCCAUCAGCUGGAAACUAACCGGCAACCUCGGCGGCGAGAAAUACAUCGACAAGGCCCGUGGCCCGCUCAACGAAGGCGGCCUCUACGCCGAGCGGCAGGGCUUCCACCAGCCGUUCCCGCCGAACCGCAACUGGGCUUUGGGAAGCCCUGAGAUGGGAACCAAAGGAGCAGGAGUAGCGUUCUACCAGGCGGACUUCAAGCUGGAUCUGCCGAAUAACUAUGAUGUGCCGUUGAGUUUCAGCUUUGGGAAUACGACGGUGGAGGGGAGUGGUGGCGUGCCCGCCGAGUAUAGGGCCCAGCUUUGGGUCAAUGGGUGGCAGUUUGGGAAGUAUAUUAACAACGUUGGGCCACAGACCGACUUUCCCGUGCCGCAAGGUAUCCUGAACUACCAUGGCCAGAACUGGCUCGCGGUUGAGAUUUGGGCCCAGCAAGCCACGGGAGCUCACUUGACGGACUUUCGCUUGAAGGCUGGCACACCGGUCUGGACAUCGAUGGAACGUCCUGCAAUGGCUCCAAUUCCAAGUUACGGCGAAAGAACAGGAGCAUACUGA